AUGGAGGGUAUUACAUUAAAGAAUGAAAUGGAAUUUCGUGUGGAUGGAGAUGUAGAAAUUAAGAGAGAUUUAGUAGAGGACAAAAGUGAGAAGGAUAAAUGUCCUCAUGUGGAAAUAGUUGUAGGAAGUAGAAAAAUUUUGAUGUUAUUGGAUACAGGUGCGGCAAUAUCGAUCGUAGGUUAUGAAAAUUUUUGUAAAUAUUGGCCAGAGGAGAAUAUAAUUAAAGAAAAGAUGAGAGUUAAACAGUUUGACGGAUCGGAAAUAAAGGUUUUAGGAAAAAUUGAAGUACCAGAUGAUAUGAUUGAAGUUCAGAACGAUGAAAUAAAAAAUCGAGAAUUAUGCCAUGUAAAGAGUGAAAUCCUUGGAAAUGGUGUGAUGGGUGAUCGAAAAAGUGAAUUUGAAAAAACAAAUAUGCCUCAAACGCGGAUAGUUCCAGUUAAAAAAAGAAAGGUAAGAUAUACUGAGUUGUCGCAAAGUGUUAAUAUUGUGGAAAAUGACGAUUCUAGAGAGGUAAAAAAGGAAAUACCUAGUAGAAAAUGUAUUAAUGAGCGAAAUAAUGGUGAAAAGAAAAUAGUCACAAAAACAGAAGAAAUAGAGGAGAAAAUUAUUAGUCAAGAAAUGUAUAAGGAACUGGAUAAUGGAAAGAAAGAUAUACCAGUGUUACAGAAUUUCCUGGCGAAAUUUGUAAGAAAAAAAGAGAAAAAGAAGAUUAAUGGAGGGGAAGGAAAGGAACAAUUGUCGAAUUUGGAAAAUUGGAAACUUGCAGUGGCAGUUUUAAUGAAUAGUCAUAGUGAAAUUUUUGAGGAGAAAUUAGGAUGUUUAGUGGAUUAUGAAGUUGAUAUCCGUUUAAAGGAAGGUUUUGUACCGCAGUAUUGUCCGGUGCGAAGAGUUCCAUUUGAAUGGAGGGCGGAAAUGGAAAAAGAGUUGGAUAACUGGGUACGAGAUGGAAUUAUUUGUCCUAUUGGUUACAGUGAAUGGGCAACUCCGUUGGUUCCUGUUAGAAAAGCCUAUGGAAAAUUGAGGUUAUGUGCAGAUUUUAGAGUGACCUUGAAUCCUUGGGUUGUAUAG